AUGACGCUACCCCUCCCUGACGUCAAGUCUGUCGUGGACUGUGCUUCCUUCAGCCACACUGUCCUACCCUUCUUGUCGCAAAUCACGGCGCUUCCCGAGCGACUGCAGCUUGCAGCCGCAGCCAAGGAUGUGAACAUCCUCAAGGACAUUUACCUCUCCACGAAUCCCUUCAUCUCGGCCCUCUUCUUGAGUCUAGCUCUAUCAGUUCUGUUUGUCAUCGCUUCGGAGAUCAACCGGAACUACUCCCAAGUUGAUCGGCUCUGGAGUAUCCUGCCGUCCAUCUAUAAUGUGCACUUUGCUCUUUGGGCCCGCUUGUCGGGCCUCCAGACUCAGAGCUUGGAUACUAUCGCGGCCAUCACCUUGAUUUGGAGUGCCCGCUUGACGUUCAACUACUGGCGCCGUGGUGGCUACUCAAUCGGCUCGGAAGACUACCGUUGGCAAAUCGUCCGCUCCAAGGUUAACAACCGCUUUGUCUUCUUCAUUUUCAACAUCGUUUUCAUCAGCCUGACGCAGUCCUUGCUCCUGCUUUUGAUCACCGCCCCGACCUACAACUUCCUCCUUCUCUCGCGUCUGUCGGACCACAAGUCCUUCGAGGUUCCGGACCUUGUCUUCUCCCGGGUGGCCUUCUUCUUCAUUAUCAUCGAGUACUUCGCCGAUCAGCAGCAAUGGAACUUCCAGACUGCCAAGCACAACUACCAGCAGACUGCCCGCAUCCCUGACCAGUACAAGGGACAGUAUGAGCCUGAGGAUCUGGAGCGCGGAUUCGUCGUCAGUGGUCUCUGGUCCCUGUCUCGUCACCCCAACUUCCUCUGUGAGCAGGCCAUCUGGCUCACUCUGUACCUCUGGAACUGCUACCGCACCGAAUCCUACGUCCAGUGGACCGGCAUUGGUGCCUUGGGCCUUCUGCUCAUCUUCCAGGGUAGCGUUCGUCUCACCGAAUCGAUCAGCGCCGGCAAGUACCCUGAGUACAAGGAAUACCAGGCUCGCGUGGGACGCUUCAUUCCCCGUUUCUCGGCCAAGCCCAAGUACAAGAGCAGCAAGAAGAAGGCUCGCAAGGCUGUCACUGAGCAGCCCGAGAGCGAGCAGACUCAUGAGGCGGACAAGAAGAGCCAGUGA